AUGGACAUCGUGCCGCCGUCGUAUCAAUCUGCAACAGCCAGAGAUGCCUGGUCUAUAAUCGCUCAUUACAUCCCAUCAAGCGACCUAUGCUCGGCUGCGCUCGUCUGUCGGAAAUGGCACAGCCUUUUCAUGCCCUUCCUUUGGGGUGAUCCAGCGUCUCAUUUUGGAACUGAAAAUGAUGCGGUCUAUGUCGCGUUGACACGAUUCAGGAGGACCUUGAAAUAUGCCCGUCUUGAGGUGCGAAUGCUCACCCAUACGCUUCAUAUGCCCCCGGCCCUCUCUGAGAUCUAUGGCGGUCCGCGACCAGAAUGGCUGAGGGAGAUCCUCGAGUUUCUACCCUGCCUUCAAUCUCUGAUUGUAUCCAAAUUACCUUUCUUUGACCAUAAUUCUAUGAUGGCGUUGAAGAGACCCGCCAAGCACGAACCGCCUGAUCCAGCGGCCUUCAAAACAUAUAGCGUCCGAUUGCUGAUGGCGGAGAGAGAACCAAAUGCAACGUCACAGGGACUCGCAGAGACGUUGCUGCGAUUCCAAGACCUUGUGUACCUGGACCUGUCAUAUACGACUCCUGCUCGAGAUCGUAUGGUGCUUUCUUCCCUGUCUCAGCUGGACCGGCUCCAGGUGCUAAAACUCCGAGGUAUCGGUUUGAGAGACGGUGAAGCUGAGUUCUUAGCCAACGCCAUUGGGACCAGGGUCCGUUUCUUGGAUCUGCGCAACAAUCUGCUGACCGAUAUGGCAGUGCGAUCUCUGCUGCAAGCUUCAUUUGUGCCUAAUGGCGUCCCCACGAAUGAAGUUGACUGGAGAGGAGGAUCAUUCAUAUUUCAUGAUAGACUACUCAGGCGCGCAGGUUUGGACGCUCAGUUUGUCAAAGCUUUGACACAACCCUUGACAGGCCGUUCCUGGGUUGAGGACCUUUCACACGUAGGAAUAACACAUCUCUACAUCGCGGACAACCAGCUUACAGUCGAAGGCGUUGCGAGUCUCCUGGCUUCAUCGAGACUGCACGUCCUCGAUGUUGGAACGGUUGAUACAGCCGAAUCCUUGGAGAGAGCACGACAGCCGACAAUUCCAUCGCCUAUGACCGGGGGACCCGUUAGAUUCCCUGGGGCUGAAAAAUUGAUACCAGUACUUGGGUCUAUCGCCAAAGAAAACCUGACAUAUCUUCGAGCUCACCAUGCUCUGUGCUGCACAGCUGAAGCCUCUUUUAAAGCGCCUGACUCAACGCGAGACUUACUGCCUGAGCUUCCAGACGAAUCCAGCAGUACCUUUCAAUGCGGGGCGGAAAUGGAUGCUGCGAACGAGAUUCAUGAACUAUCUGCGGAAGCUCAUCCUGUUUUUGAGCUCGAAGCCACUGAGAUUGCCAGGCUUUCGAGCCCAGCGGGAGAUGUAGUUGAGGCGCGCCUCCAGUCAAGCACUCACCGGGACGACCCUGUACCUCAGGUGAGAAGGGGUUCCAUCUUUGCUCCUGAGGUAGUUGAACCAAACCAGGAGCGGGACAGUAAUGGCAACAUGCCAGCCGACCGUAGUGAAACAGUGAACGUUGACACUUUCACGGCUAGCACAGACCCAACUCCAGCCUGCCUUGGACAAUCCGGUCUGCAUUUGGCGGCACCUGAGCCGGUUUCACGAUGUGCGUCUCCAGUUUCACCUGAGGAUUUUCGGGCACAGAAAAUCCAAGAACUGCUUGCCAAAAGGCCUAAGAAUCAAAGCUUACCUCGCCGCGAUGGUAGGGGAGGGAGCAUUCCAUAUUUGCAUCCUUCCCUCGUCCCUCACCUCGAGACUUUAGUGUUGACUGAUGUUCCUUCUCAUGUUCCUGAAGACUCCCACAUUCUGCCUGCCUUGGUUCGAUUUAUAACAGCCUGUUCGAACGAGGCCUUGUUAGCUACUCUCCUGGCGGGAUCGGACUACUCCCUUCCACCUGGGAGAGCCCGAGCUCACGCUGAGCAGGAACGAUCUCGAUCGCUCUUCGCUCUGCGUCGCUUGGUACUUGAAAUCACUCCCACGACUCACCUGGCAGGUCCAGCCCGGAUCAGCCCGUGGAAAUCCAUCAGUCAGCAAAAUGGGACGUUAAGAUCCAGUACCGGCGACCGUGAUUCUGAGAAUCUGUGGUCCGCAGCCACAUGCGACUUUAGUUUCUUCGGGGAAGAUGAAUGUGGUAUACCCGAAAAUGAUCCGGGAAAAUACUUUCCUAUGGCUAUAUUCAAUGAGAAGGUGACGCUCAUACCGGAGGACGAAGAUUCCGGACGUUCUGGAUCCCCAGAGGCAGAUGCAUCUUUCGCAUCUAAUUCGUCUCAGCCUGCUGGAGCUUAUCCUCAAAGGAAUCGGUCGCAGACUGGCUCGUCGAUCUCGGUACCCGGCUCUGUAGCCGACGCUCGAUCGAGUUCCAUUACGGUUAAUAAAGGCGAUGGAAGCAACAUGCCCGUUGCUGGGACCAAACAGGUCGACCUUGUCGCAGAAUUGGCUGCCUUUCGCCGAGCAAAAAGGCUUGAGUACGAAGAAGUUGUCCGAGCCGAUCGAAAGAGACGAAGCAUGAGCUGGACUGCAUCUUCCCAUCUUUCUCCCUCAGCGGAACCUACUCGACCAGUGUCUCCGAGUCCGAGUGUAACAACCAUGGCAGCGGUCUCUGCACCUCAUCUGUCCCUAGCCCAAUUCGUCGAAGGACAUUGGAAAGGCGAAGUAAAGAUUGUCCGCAAUGCAACGCCAAAGGGGCGGACUGGAGUCGUGGAUAUGUAUGGGAAUUACUUUGAGAAGGGAUAUUUAUAUCCUUGA